AAAAAACGAAAAGAAGUUCGUCAUGCGCAGCAUCAAAACCACGAGUUGUCCUCACUCACAAACUGUUUUCUCCGGAGACCCUGAAGAGUCAGAAACGCCAUCACGUUGACAUCAGUCGCACACUUUCUUCGAGACCAGGCCCUUCUUGAAGACGGCGAGCCCACUGCGCCAAAAUGUUGUCAGCGUGGUGUGAAUACACAAGAAGCCGACCGAGUCUGCUUUAGUACACCCACCACGGCCUGAACUUCUUUUAUUCAAAUCGCAACGUUGUGCGUGCAGCGCUCAGGUUCAAAUGACGGGCAUUCCAUACUACAUUUGGCACAUGAAUUUUUUUCUCUUUCGUCGAGGAAUCAAAAUCUGGACGAUCUUCAGUCUCAGAACUUGAUGUUGGUACGGAGCCGCAUAGCAAAUCGAAGAUUUUUCGAACUUUUUACUGGAAUUGUGUUCGGCUACUGGGAAGAUGAUCGAGCACUCGGAGGAAGAACGUUCUGAUCGGGACCACAGAACGAUGCAAAUUCUCCGAAAAUCUGGAAGUCUCGAGAGAUUUUGAAUUAUGACGAAUCAUCAGGAGAUUGAGAAUUUCCAUGCGAUAAGUGAAUAAAAAUUUGUGCACCUGCUCGAGCACAGCUAGUCUCUUCCCGUAUGUGCGGCUUCGAGAUUCGUUGCUGCUGGAAAUAAUGAGAUCGAAUGCAUAUCUGACGCCAUAGUCUCCUGGAAGACGACGGUACGUGGCCCAUCCUCCGACUCGAGCUUCUCCGGCGACGGCUCCCGCGCAGCUCGAAUUGAUGAUAAGCCCGAGCAGAACGGCGGUCUCACUGCAGGCAACGCACUCAGACAGAAGCCCCAGCGAUUCCAGAUGUUCUUCCUCUGCGCAGGCGGCGUAGAGUCCCACUGCUGCUGUGCCCGUCGUGUGCUUGGUGGUGCAGUGCAGCACCGAGUCCCAAAAAUUAGCUUGACAGCAGGAGAUCUCUCUAAUAAUUAAGAGCGUCCUGCACAUCCGUGGCAUUCGUACUCCUCUCUAAGACCUUACAGUGGAUCUGGUUUUCCGUUGCAGCACCGAAGCUCGUCUUAUACAGCGACACAAUCAUGCCCAUUAUAGUUUCUCUCGGACAACCUCGUGAAGGUCGACAGAUGCUAAAAACUCAUGGAAGCAGUAGAGAGCUCAGGGCGAUUGUGUUGAUGCUGAAAGGAAUAAGAAAGAAGACGGCAUCAAAGGAACAUUCAGAGCCGUACCUGUCUCAGAGUGGACUUCAAGUCACAAUACAGUACCAGAAGGAAGGAUUUGGCUUCCAAAUGGAGACUGCGUGUCGACCAGAUGUUUCGCUGAAUCCAGGGAGAAGAUCGAUGAAAGUCAGGGAUAGGACAGCAUGGCAGCAGAAGCCUUGUCUGUGGCUUAGUUAGCCUGCUAGCUGGCAAACCAAGAGAGAAACAGUAAGAACCAAGAGUUUCUUUGUUCCACUGGUUCAGGGAUGUACUUUUCAAUUGAACCUGCGACUGCAGCAGCAGCAGCAGCAGCACGGUGCUCAUCUCGAUCGAUGCCGAUGAUCCUUGGCAUGCACGCUACAGGAUCGCACCAGAAAAACAUGAAAACAGAACGGGCUUGGGAUCCGUACUUUCCCUGGCUUCCGUGAGUGCAUGUUCCAAAGCAUUCACCUGUAGCGGGAUGCCUUGCCACACUUAUGGCUCAUUCAAGAUUCCAACUGUCUUGGAAGUCAGAGCUUCAUGAUACCUCUGAUUGUAGUCACAUCCACUACCUGCAGCUGAGCUUCAUACUAUCUUCUGUCGAAAAGCUUCAUAACUUUCCCGUCUUCUAUGACCCCAUGUCCGAUGGUGCGUCCGGAUUGAUCCGGAGCUGACAUGCUCAGUACCAGGCUGUUUUCAUUUGCGGAGAACUUAUGGCUGAUAAUUACCAGGAGACAUUUCAUGUAUAGCUGUGACAUAAAUUGCUGAUCAUCGGAGAUCACAUUGCUCGCUCACAAGUCGAUUCUCUGUCUCCACAAAUAAAUACAAACUUCCA